AUGCCUGAGAAGCCUCUUACCGUUGCCACAUAUGCGGCCGGUGCUUCUCUCGCUGCGAUCACUCUCUUCUACGUCUUUGCCCCCAACUAUUUUUUAGAUGGUGAUUCUAACUCGACACGUAAAAAAGGCGUCGUAGGCCUUUCGAACCCGGCGAACGACUGUUUUAUCAACUCCGUCCUCCAAGCCCUCGCCGGCCUCACAGAUCUCCGAAUCUACCUCAUCCGAGAAACUCACCGAAGAAACAUAGAUGAACCAUGGGUAUAUCAAGAAAUAGUGCAGGAUCCUGCAUACAAGAGCAAACCCGAAUGGAAGGUCCAGGGUCUACAGGCCGGGCUCGUUACAAAGGGCCUGAAGGAUAUCCUUGAUGCUCUUAACGAACGGCCUAUUUACAAGAAGACCAUAUCUGCUGGCCCCUUUAUCAGGGUCCUUGAGACUGCUUUCAAGCAGCGCAUUAGUAGGCAACAGCAGGACGCGCAGGAAUUUUUACAGGUGGUAGCCGAGCGAUUAUGCGAUGAAUACCAUGCUGGAAGGAGAGCUCGACAAGCUGCGAGAAAUAAAUGCGGUGCUGAAGCGUCAGCAAAUAAAGCAGAGCCAAUUGAUGGUGACGCUGUUGAGCAGCGUUUGGCAAAGCUAGCCAUAAAUGGAAACGGAAAUAUUGACACUGCUGGGCCAGAGGAGAGUGAACCCGAAGUCGAGGCGCAAGGACUACCGUCAAGGAACGAAGAAGAUGGGUUUCCGAUGGAAGGCAAAUACGAAAGUCAAAUUGAGUGUCAGAAGUGUAGCUUCAAACCAAAGCCAACAGAAAAUACGUUCUGCACUCUGACACUAAACGUGCCGCAGUCAAGUUCGACAUCGCUCAAUGCUUGUCUGGAUGGGUUCUUUAAGACUGAGUACAUAGACGACUUUAAGUGCGACAAAUGUCGUCUUGUACAUGCAAAAGAUGUCCUGGAGACACAGUUAUCGCGAUCCAACUCUGAGAGUUUUAAGGCCAGUACGCAACAGGCGAUUGCCAAGCUGCAGCAUGCCAUCGAUAGCGACCCUGAGAAUCCUCCGCCAGACGUUGAAUUACCUCCUAUGCGAGACGCUCCCGCUUGUAAAAUCGCGAAGCACACGCGACUGACGGGCUUCCCUAAGAUUAUGGCUGUCCAUCUUUCCAGAUCCAUAUAUAACAGUAUCUCACAGAAGAAUUCAGCCAAAGUUACAUUCCCAGAGCAGCUACUAAUGGGAACUCUAUUGAAUCGUAAAAAAUACAAAUUACUUGCCACAGUUACGCAUAAAGGAAGUCAUCAUAGCGGACAUUACGAAUCUUUUCGCCGACAAAACAUCUCUCUUCCGUUCUCAACUCCAAAUGCGUUCCAGGCUUCCGACAUCUUCGCCAAAUCAGCUACACCAAGCCCAGCCUCAACUCCACGCGUUAGUGCUAUAGCGAGAUCAGGGGAUCCUAGCCCAAUAGCCUCUACUCCGGAUCUUGGUUUCUCUUCGUCCGGAAGCAGCUCGUCUAAUCACUCAGUUGAUGUCCUACCUCGGCCAUCGACGGAUUCCACGCCCCAAUCUUCCGCAACGUCUAAUGGUCGACAUUCCUCUCGUCGUAGCCCAAAAUUUUCUUCCCUAAAAGAUCGCGAGUCGGAUACCAUCAGCCUCAAGUCAGUUGCGGCAUCCGCGCGAUCGACUAUGUCGAGGAUAUCACACUCAGCUCGAAACAGUAGACCGAGCAGUCCAGCUAGCCAGAUUCCGGUCGCGCCAUCUACUGCAAACGGGAAAGCGAUUACAUCUAAAGUAAAUGGGGCGAAGCCGAAGCGUCGAAAGCAAACCGACCGAUGGUGGCGUAUUAGCGACGAAAAGAUCAAGGAAGCUAAGACGGGCGAGGUAUUAGGGAUGCAGCGAGAAGUAUAUCUGCUCUUCUACGAAUUAGAGCGCGAGAGUCCGGCAGAGUCAUAG